AUGGCAAGACAAACAACCUUUGCUGCCACUACUCUCUUUACUAUCAUUCUCCUACUCCCCACCAUAUAUGGACAGCAGGAUUAUUCGUGUGACAAGGAGGUUGAAGAGAUAGAUAUAAGCCAGCAGUGCAAGGAUUUCAUAAUCCCAUCGACGAUCCUUGCAAUGCCAUUGCCCCGCAGAGAUCAUCAACUACGCAAUCUUGGAGAGUGUUGCCCUAAACUUAGGGAGUUUGAUGAGCCGAUUUGUGCGUGUGAUGCAUUGGAUAAAGUUAUCAAGGAAGCUGGUGGAGGAGAAGAUGCGGUGGUUAACGCACAUAACCUGCUCAUAUACUGCCGCUUGCCGCUGGGUUGCGACUUAAUUAGCGACCGUGUAGUAGCAAGCUAG